AUGAACAGAUUAUUUGGAACGAAAAACACUGCACCAAAGCCAUCAUUGAAUGAUGCAAUAAAGGGAAUUGAUGAAAGAGUGGGGUCUUUGGAUGUGAAACUAAGCAAGAUCAACUCGGAAUUGUCCACAUACCAGCAGAAGAUAAGCAGAAUGAGAGACGGACCAGGGAAGUCAGCAUUAAAGCAAAAAGCAAUCAAGUUACUAAGACAAAGAAAGCAGAUAGAAGCUCAAAAGGACCAGUUAGAGAAUCAGUCGUGGAACAUGACACAAGCUUCGAUGACAACAGAUAAUUUACAAAAUACAAUGGUCACAAUAAACGCAAUGAAAACAGCAAAUAAACAGUUGAAACAAACAUACGGAAAAAUCAAUAUCGAUGAAUUAGAGGAUCUUCAAGAUGAAAUGUUAGAUUUGAUUGAUAAAUCAAAUGAACUACAGGAGGCGCUUCUGACAAGUUAUGAUGUACCCGAUGACAUCAGUGAGCUGGAGUUAGAUGCUGAAUUAGAAGCUCUUGGCGAAGAAAUUGAUUUUGAAAAUGAAAUGGCAGAGAGUGGCAUUGGGGCACCUAGUUACUUGAAUGACGUGGAACCUGCAACGGCAGAUAAGUUACCCACAUUCAUUGACGAACAACCAGAAGAAGCACAAAAAAUUGCAAACUAG